UCAUCCCGGGCGCUGGGCGCGGGGCGCAGGUCCGGCCGGCCCCAGCGGCGGCGGCGGGGCCGCCAUGGAUCUSUUCGGGGACCUGCGGCGCAUGAACAAGCGGCAGCUGUAUUACCAAGUCUUAAAUUUUGCUAUGAUUGUGUCUUCUGCCCUAAUGAUCUGGAAAGGGCUGAUUGUGGUCACUGGCAGUGAGAGCCCAAUUGUCGUGGUGCUCAGUGGCAGCAUGGAACCAGCUUUUCACAGAGGAGACCUGCUGUUCCUAACAAAUUUCCAUGAUGACCCAAUCAGAGCUGGUGAAAUAGUUGUUUUUAAAGUUGAAGGCAGAGACAUUCCGAUAGUUCACAGAGUUAUCAAAGUACAUGAAAAAGGAAAUGGGAACAUCAAAUUUCUGACUAAAGGGGAUAAUAAUGAAGUUGAUGAUAGAGGCUUAUACAAAGAAGGUCAGAACUGGUUAGAGAAGAAAGAUGUUGUUGGAAGAGCAAGAGGGUUUUUGCCCUAUGUAGGAAUGGUAACUAUAAUAAUGAAUGACUACCCAAAAUUUAAGUAUGCUCUCCUGGCAGUGAUGGGAGCAUAUGUGCUGCUCAAACGGGAAUCCUAAACACAAGAACAGAGGGAAAUAUGCAGGGGGAAAAAAACUAAUAUAUUUCAGAUAGUUUCAUUUCUGUAUACAGUUACAAAACUGUGCAAGCUCUUGUCUAAAUAAACUACAACUAAUGAGUGAAGCUGUUGGCUGCUGGCUAAUUACAAAAUGUCAUAUUUACCACCUUCUACAGACUGUCUCAGCUAGCCUGACUCUUGUUUAGGAGACACCGUCAUGUACUAGAACAGCCAAGAGCUCUCUUGCUAUUUCACAUUGGUUUUUCUUGAGUGGUGCUGCAUUUGAAUCCACUUUUGCCCUCCUGUUUGUUUUGGGGGUUUUUGCUAGGUUAUUUUUAACCUGUCAGUGCCCUCUUUUCUCCACCAUACAAACUGUUUUGGUCAGUACUUGGAAGGACACAGAAUCUCUAAACAGGCAAUGAGUUGUAGUAGUUUAAUCAGCCUUAUUCCUAAGGAAAUUUUGCUGGAUGUGGCUGACAAAAAUAGCCAAGAAGGGGAGUUUCACUCUGACUUGAUACGGAGCAGUGGGAGCUCAGCUUUUCCCCUGAAUUUAAAACUUGCUCCUUCAUGGGCUAGGGAAAAAAGCCCAGAUGGCCUGAUUCUUAGAGGCCUGGUUUUUAAGGACUGUUGCUAGAAUUCAGGCUGUUGACCAUUCUGCCUUUUGUGUUCCUUGUUAUUAAACAAACCUAACAAGAAGUUUUUGUGGGGCUUUAAUAACACUUGUAAAUUACUGAAUGAAUAGCACAGUUAGAAUAGUACACUUCAGGGAUAUUGCCAAGAAGGGGAAACCAGAGCUCUUGUGCCAGUUUGAAGAAUGUAUUAUUCUCUCCUAUCAUAUAACACCUGAAUAGUGUUAAACAUAAAAUUGAUUUUUUUCGUUUAAAAACUUACCUGAUCACCGUCUUUUAUGAAAUUUGGUGUUUUUCUUUUCUCUCUAAAAGCCAGUGUUGUACCUUCAACAAAGCAGAACUUGUUUUCCUUGCUGUCUUUGUUUUUGUAGCUUUGAUAAGGAACAGUGUGGUGCUUUUAUCCUCUGGAGUUCUGUUUCUUCUGUAAUCCCUUACCUCUGCAAAAAUACUUUAUUAUACAAUAAUGACACCUUUUCUGUUGUAACAGCUCAUGCUAGCAGACAACUGCUGAAUUUUUCCAAGUAAUAUUACUUCUUUUGUGUCCCACUAAGCAGUUUUCAUGUCCAACUGUAUUAUAAAAAUUACUUACUUUGUGUCAAAUUGUGUAGAAAUAAAAUUG